AUGAAGAUCAAAACUAUUAGUAGGUCAGGGGAUGACUAUGUUCCAACAUCCAAUGAGCAAACAUCCAAAACUCCUAGAAACCUCAACCCAGCAUUACACCCCUUUGAAAGAGCCAGAGAAUAUACCAGAGCGCUUACAGCCACCAAACUUGAACGGCUUUUCGCCCAACCGUUUGUGGGCCAAUUAGGUUCCGGUCACAGAGAUGGGAUCUACUCCAUCUCCACCAACAUGGGGACCACCAAUCAGAUUGCGACGGCGCUGGGAGACGGGAUCAUCAAGUAUUGGAACUUGACCGAUAGAGACAAUGAGCUUUUAUCUGUCAAGGCCCAUUACGGUAUGGUUGGAGGGUUGUGUGUUAUCCCUGGCAGACAGAACAUGUUGAGUUGCGGAGACGAUAAGACCAUCAAAUUGUGGCUGGUGAAUGUCAACAAGUUUGGUGAGAAUGUGACUGAUCAUAAUGACGAACAGUUGUAUAAAUCUCAAGGGUUGGAGAAAACGUUUUUGGGUGACCAUGCCUUCAAGGGAAUCGACCAUCAUUAUACAGAAGGACUCUUUGUUACUGGAGGUGCUCUGAUCCAAUUGUGGGAUAUGAACCGGUCCAAACACAUCUCUGACUUGAACUGGGGGUACGAUAAUUUGAACACCGUCAAGUUUAACAAGACAGAAACCAAUAUAGUGGCCAGUAGUGGAGGCAGUGAUAAUCUGAUUAUUCUCUAUGAUAUACGAACCAACUCCGCCGUGCAGAAGGUUGUGACCAACCAUCGGACCAACUGUCUUAGUUGGAACCCCAUUGAGGCCUUCAAUUUCGCCAGUGGUAGUGAAGAUCACAAUGCGUAUCUUUGGGACAUGAGAAAGCUUGAUAGUCUGUUGAACGUUUACAAAGACCAUGUCCUGGGAGUGAUGGAUGUUGAUUUCAGUCCUACUGGUCAAGAGUUGGUUACUGGGUCUUACGAUAAAACCAUUCGGAUCUUUAACUCCCGUUCGGGCCAUUCAAGAGAGAUCUAUCACACGAAAAGAAUGCAACACGUGUUUGUGGCCAAGUUCACUAUGGACUCCAAAUAUAUCAUUAGUGGUAGUGAUGAUACUAACGUUAGAAUAUGGCGUGCGCAAGCCCAUGAUAGAGCAUCGGUUAAACUGGCCAAACAAAGAACCAAAAUGGAAUACGACGAUGCCCUAAAGGAGAAGUACAAGCAUAUGCCUGAAAUCAAACGUAUCGCAAGACACAGACAUGUUCCUAAGGUUGUUAAGAAGGCUCAAGAGAUUAAGAGAGUGGAAUUGGAAAGUAUAAAGAGAAGAGAAGACAACCAAAGACGUCAUCGGAAACCUGGGGCCGUACCUUAUGUUGCUGAGAGAAAGAAACAUGUUAGAGGUAUUGCAUUGAAAGAAGAUAAGUAA